AUGUGGCCGCCAGGCUGGGCCUAUGCUCGUCGUCUCCCCUCACGACCCGCACAAUCGCCGUCCAUCCAUAGCGCGGCACGUCGGACGCGUGCCAGCAGACCAAAAGUACGAACGGGCUGCAAGACCUGCAAGAUACGGCGCAUCAAAUGCGAUGAGGUUAGACCGAGCUGCAGGCGAUGUACCUCCACCGGACGCAAGUGUGAUGGGUACGAGUUUCCACCCAGGUCUGAGGAGGAAUCCGCCAGCCCUUCAUCAACUUCGCUGUCGCCACUUCCACCAAACUCCAUCUCGAAACCCUUUCAUGGCACCACCCAAGAACGCCGUAUCUUCCACCGGUUCCAAUACUGCACCGUCCCCGCUUUGACCGGUGGAUCCGAGUCCGGUUUCUGGACGAAGAUUGUCCUGAGAGUGGGCCUCGAAGAACCCAUCGUCCGCAGCGCCAUCAUCGCGCUGGGCAUGCUACACGAAGACUACCAGGACCGCUGUGGCAAAUAUUCCCCCGAGGCGAUCGAGGACGAGAGCUACCGGUACGCUGUAAGGCUAUACGGAGCUACACUCCGUGAGCUGAACCGGCGACUUGACGUACCUUCGCCGACCAACGCUCAGCUCGCCAUUAUUGCAAGUAUAUUAUUUGCUUGCUUCGAGGUCCUGCGCCGGAAUAAUAUGGCCGCGGUCGUCCACUAUCAGAUGGGAAUGAGAGCAUUGAUCCGCCAAAUGAACCUCCCCCAGGGUGAUCAGUCUGCGAUGACCCCCUAUUCCCCCACCCAACAGCACAAAGCCACCUUUCGAGAGAUCCCUCAAAACGAGGUGGACGAAAUCCUCCGGGUAUUUGCACGAUACGAUAUUCAAGCAUGUACCUUCUCCAAGGAGCGCGCAGAGCCCUUGUUGACCCACGUCGACCAGGUGCCGCAGGUGCUGCCAACUAGUCUUAGCUUGAGCCAAGUUCGAAACCAUCUGGAUAACCUUCUCGUGUCGGUGUACCAGCUGGUCAAGUCCGACUUGGGUAUGUACCGAUACUGGACAGCAGACUCGGUCCCAAUGGCGUGGGACGUCCAACGGCAGGAGGCCAUUGGCAUCUUUGACGCAUGGAUGGCUGCAUUGGAAGACUUUUUCCGGUCCCAAGGGACAAAACUGUCCGCUGCCGACAUCAGAAGUCUAUUAGGUCUACGACUUCAAAUCAAGACGGCGGUCAUCAUGCUCAAGACCUGCAUAGACUCUGGACCCGAGACCGUUUUCGAUGCCUUUCGAGACGACUUUGAGGACAUGGUAUCCAAGGUCGAACAGAUGACUGCGGCACUGAGUAUGCCAGAAGCCAACCCUCUGGAAGUCGACCUGGUCCCCUUCACGAUGGAACUAGGGAUCAAUCACCCUCUGUUCUUUGUCGCCUGUAAGUGCCGAGACUGGGGCAUCCGACGACGAGCGAUAGCCCAAUUACGACGCGCUGGCAAGGAGGGUGUCUGGGAGGGGCCCAUUAUGGCUGUCCUGGCUCGAAGGAUCAUGCUUUUGGAAGAGGAGGGACUUUCUCGUGGAGAGGUGGUGCCGGAAACGAACCGGUUCCAUAAUAUCAAAAAGAAUGUGGACUACGACGAUCGAAAAAUACUGUUCGAAGCAACAAGAGCGUCGGACAUGACGUGCAAGAACUUCUCGGUGCAUAGGGAGUCUCUUGGGUUCUGA